GGCUGCCAGCGAGUGGAGUGGGAUUUCGCCGUGGCAGGGCCAGGAGCGGUCACGGCGGCCGCCACGAGAUGGCUAUGGUGUAUACGUGUACCCAAACUCUUUCUUCCGAUAUGAAGGACAAUGGAAGGGAGGGAAGACACAUGGUCACGGGAAGCUGCUGUUUAAAGAUGGAAGUUAUUAUGAAGGCGAGUUUGUGAAUGGAGAGAUCACAGGGGAAGGCUGCCGUCUGUGGGCCUGGUCAGGAAACACCUACAUUGGACAGUUUGUUUUAGGAGAGCCUCAUGGACAUGGCAUCAUGAAGUACAAAGCCGGGGGCUACUAUGAAGGGGAACUCUUCCAGGGCAUGAGAGAAGGACAGGGGGUUCUGGAGGACAAGGAUGGGCAGGUGUACCAGGGGUCCUUUCAUGACAACAAGCGACAUGGCCGUGGGCACAUGGUCUUUAAGAAUGGUGACAAGUAUGAAGGCGACUGGGUUCGAGACCAGCGUCAGGGACAUGGAGUGCUCUGCUGUACUGACGGCUCCACAUAUGAGGGCCAGUGGCACAGCGAUGUCUUCAGUGGGCUGGGCAGCUUGGCCCACUGCUCAGGAGUCACCUACUGUGGUCUGUGGAUCAAUGGUCACCCGGUGGCGCAAGCCAAAAGGAUUGUGGUUCUGGGUCCAGAGGUGCUGGAAGUGAUCCAAGGAUCUCCCUUCACACUGAACAUACAGCUGCAGCAGGAUGAUGGGGAAGUUGCCAAGAGUGAGAGUGGCCGGAUCCUGAAGAUCUCUGCGGGCGUCAGAUAUGUGCAGCUCCCAGCCUACUCAGAAGUCAGUUUUUUCAAAAUGGAUGAAGACCACUUGGAGACACCCAUUGAGACACCAUUUGGGUUCCAGUGCAUCUCUUAUCCUCUGGCCAUCCCCACACCCUGCAAGCUGGAGCCCAGUUGUGCUAUGAAACAUGCUGAAGUCAACAUAGUCUCAAAAGGAGAGCUGGAGCCAAGGCUGGACUCAGAAGCCUUCAAUGACCAGGAAGACACUCCCGGGGACCUACCUGCCAGGGCCCAGGAGCCCGCCUGGCCUGCUGCGUAUCAGAGAGUGGAGCAAGGCUGCGCUGAGUUUGUGGACAUCCUCCUGGAGCCCCCUCCACCUACGCUUCAGCCCUUCCUGUUCCUGCCCAGUGUACCUGAGUCCUGCCAGAAAGCCAGCUUCAGGCCUGAAGAUGACCCAUGUCCCCUGAGGAUGCCACUCACCACGCAGGAGCCACCAGAAGGCAGCAGGCCUGAGAGAACCACAGAGGAGCCAUUGGCAACUGCAUUCCCAGGGGAGUAUGUGCUCAUGAUCUGUGAUGUGACCACCCCUCCAUUCCUGGGCCAAAGGCUGCCCACUGCUUUCCAACACUUACGAGUCUUGGCGAAGGGGGACAGCCAGCAGCCCCAGGUCUCUGAAGAGCCAGAUGAGGAAGCUCAGCAGCUGAAGCUAGAGGCCAGUCCUAGCAUACUCCCCUGAGUGGAAGUUCAUGCUGCCUCCUCCAGGGCCUUUGUCCUCUGCCACAAAACAGCUUGAGCAGGCUGGGAGAGGAGUGCCGGCCAACGGCCACUGAUUUCAAUAAAA